UCCUGGAGUCGUGGGCCGCGCGGCCUUGGUGCAGCCUGGCGCCGCCGACUAGACAGUCCCCUGGCACUUUGCUUCAGAGUCUGAGCUGGAGCCUGGCACCCGGGAGCCGGCAGCUGGCAGUCAGGAGGCCCCUCCUAUCCUGUCGCUGUGAAAAGGCUUCAUUCCGGUCCCCAGCCUGUCAUGGAAAUCCGCGAUGAACCUGCGCCUCCACAGACAAAGCAGCGCUACCGGGUUGGUGACGCGGAGUCCGGGCUGUGCUGUGAAGGGACGUGGGUGGAGCCCGUGACCUUUGAGGAUGUGGCUGUGAACUUUACCUCAGGAGAGUGGACUUUAUUGGAUUCUAGUCAAAGAAAGCUCUACAGAGAUGUGAUGAAGGAAAACUUUCUGAACCUGAUCUCCAUAGAGAAAACACAAGAAGAUGUUGAAGAGGAUUACCAGAAUCUCAGGAGAAAUCUGGGAAGUCAGGUGGUUGAGAAAGAUGGUGAAUAUGAACAUGAUAGUCAGUGUGAAAAAACCCAGCAAGAGAUUCCAGAACAUAUUGUUAAUGAGGACAUUCCUCCUGUUAUAACAUUAUAUGAAAACAGUUUGUGUGUAAGAAACCUCCUUGGUAAUUUACCCUCAGAUGUGCACCUCAGUGAUCAAACUAAAGAGAAACCAUUUGAGGAUAAGGAACCUGUGGAGAAGGCUUUUAAACAUGAGAAAUCUUGGGAAGAUAUGGGUCAUUCUGAGUCAUUUCAAGUACAUGAAAGUUCCAGAGAGAAAUCCUGUGAAAAUCAACAAUGUAAUACAGCUUGUGGGAAUCUCCAUUGUGAUCAGGAUCAGGAGAGAACUUAUACUGGAAAUAAGCACAAUGAGAAUGCCUUUACAAACUACGAACAUGGCCAGAUAGAUGAAAGAAUCCAUACUGAAGUAAAACCAUUUGUGUGUAAGCAAUGUGGAGAAGCCUUUGUUAAUUCCAGUCACCUUAUCAGUCAUGAACGAAUUCAUAUUGUAGAGAAGUGUUACAUUUGCAAACAAUGUGGAAAAACAUUUAGAUAUUUGUCAUGCUUUCAAAAACAUGAAAGAAUUCACAGUGGAGAGAGGCCUUAUGCCUGUGAGCAAUGUGGGAAAGGAUUUAUUCAGUUGAAAUACCUUCUCAUGCACCAAAGAAUGCACACUGGAGAGAAUUAUUAUGAAUGCAAACAUUGUGAAGAAAUCUUCACUAUUUCCAGUGCUGAUAAUGUUCAUGAAAAAAUUCACUGUGGAGAGAAGCCGUAUUCAUGUAAGCAUUGCGGAAAAGCGUUCACUAGUCCCAAUGACUAUAAUAGCUGUGAAAGGAUUCACACUGGAGAGAAUCCCUUUGUAUGUAAAAAAUGUGGGAAAGCAUUCAAACGUUUGGGUCAUUUUAUGAACCAUGAAAGAAUUCAUACUGGAGAGAAGCCUUAUGCAUGUAAACAUUGUGGAAAAGCCUUCACCAGUUCCAGUGACCGUAACAGUCAUGAAAGAAUACACACUGGAGAGAAACCCUUUGUAUGUAAAACAUGUGGGAAAGCAUUCAGUCGUUCUGAUUAUCUUAUCAACCAUAGAAGGAUACACACUGGAGAGAAGCCUUAUGCAUGUAAGUAUUGUGGAAAAGCCUUUGCUACUUCCAGCGACAGAAACAGCCAUGAAAGAAUUCAUACUGGUGAGAGAUCCUUUCUAUGUAAAAAAUGUGGAAAAGUAUUCAUUCUUUCUGGUGAUCUAAUCAAGCAUGAAAGAAUUCACACUGGAGAGAAGCCUUAUGCAUGCAAACAUUGUGGAAAAGCUUUCACCACUUCAAGUGCCCGUAACAGUCAUGAGAGAAUUCACACUGGAGAGAAGCCUUAUACAUGUAAGCAUUGCACAAAAACUUUCACCACUUCCAGUACCCGUAACAGUCAUGAAAAAACUCACACUGCAGAGAAGCAUUUUGCAUGUAACCUUUGUGAGAAAACCUUUAAUAGUCAGAGUUCCUAUUAUACUCAUAAAAAAAUUCAUUCUAUGAAAGAGAAACUUUAUGUAUGUAAACACUGUGGGAAAGAAUUCACUUAUUGUGGUAAUUUCCUCAAGCAUGAAAGAAUUCACACUAUAGAAAACUUGUCCAUGUGAGCAAUCUGUGAAAGCGUCUGUGUCCCACAUACCGUCACAAACCCAUAUAAGGUAUCAUAGUGAAGAACUUGCUCAACUAUAAACAGUGUGGCCCUCUGUGAUUAACUUGCUUUUAUUGUGAGGUAUGAAAAAAGAGUUUGGGUGACCAUGAGAUGGCUCAGUUAGUAAAGGGUCUUUUAGGUAGCCUGAUGAUCUCAAUUUUAACUAUGAAAGUCACGUGGUGGAAAUAGAGACCCAGUUCCCAAAAGUUGUCUUCUGAGUUCCACAUGCACACCAUUGAAUGUAUGUGUGCGCACAUACAAAUGAAGUGAAUAAAUAUAGUGCUAAAACAAGAAAAAAAAUGAAAAUUUUGAAGUGGAAAAGAACACAUAGAUAGCCCCAAUAUACAAGUAUAUUCAGGAUGAAAUCCUGUUCUGAUACAUAUUUUAAUGCCUGUCUGUUUAUUACAGCUAGGGUAGGACGCUAGCAAAAUCGAGUAUCCAAUACAGAACAUUUAAAUACCACUUGAGACUUUUAAGGUGAACUUGUUCCAACCAAAUGAAAAUUUUAAUGAAAAAAAAAAUAAAGCUGUGUGGUUUUCAGUUGAAGUAAAGCUUGUAAAACAUUUUCACGUAGCUAAAUCUUAUAAAGAGAAUUUAAGUUUGUGUAGAAUAUUUUAGAAAUAAUCUGAAAGAAGUACAAUAAAAAUUUUAGCAUUUUGAUCUUUGA